AGCAUACAUCGCCGACAAUCUUUCUAGUGCAGCCCGCUUUCUUUAAGCCGUCAAUUAUCCAUUCGCUCUUAUUUACCUUGAGGGGGCAUUCUACGCCGUCAUUUCGACAUUCAAGAUACUAAUCUUAUUAUAUUCACGUCUCUAGCUUUGUGAGUCGGUGCCGGGCCAGCACGCGCAACUCACUCACCACGCCGCCACUGCUAUCUACGCUUCAAUUGGCACAUAGUGUUAACAGCUUCCCAGUCAGUGUCACGCCUAACUCACCAAGGCCUGAUGAAUCACUCCUCGCAUCCUGCCCAAGGGGGCUCACCUCCGGUUGAGCUCCCCAUUUCAGAAUUCCCUAGUGUCAGCAUCAGAAACGCAGAGGAAAGCAAAGCAUCUACUACAAAAGAUACCGAUCAAUCAUCUAGCAUUAGCGAUUCUAUGCACACUUUACCCCCUCAAAAACAACCUCGCUUUGUCCUACCCUAUCGACGGGAGUCAACCAACCAGAAAUCCUCACAAAACAGUGAAACGCAAUACGAUCUUGCGUCUAGCGGAGCUUCUCAAACAGUGCCCCAAAGGCCUAAGUCGAUUCCAGGCCAACUAUCACACCCUAUUAGUGCCAGAACUUAUUCUGCAGCAGGAAGUAGAAGAAAUCCUACCAGUAUGAAUGGUAAAUCUGGGCAAGGUCCACACUUAUCAGCUUUGGAUACCAGUUUCAAACCACAAUGGACAGACUGGGACAGCAUCAGCCUUCGUAUAAGAGGUCUCCCACCUCAAGCGACACCUCUGGAAAUACGGACAAUCUUUAAGGUUUAUGGCGAACUCGACUACGUGGAACUUUUUAAGGGAAGACGCGGAGAACGAGAUGGAGCCGCACGUAUCUGUUACACCCCGCCUCCCUCCAAGCAGUUCUGGAAUGAUACUAUGAACCUUACGGUCUCGAACCAAAAUGUUAGAGUAAGGAUUGAGCUCAUGGAAGACCGGCGUAAUCGUCAAAUCCGUGCAUCGAAUGGCCGUGUUUAUCCAUCAUUAAUGCGCAUAACGAUGGAGGCCUUGCAAUUCGGCAUGCUGACCCGCGAGAACGAAAUGAUGCCGCUGCAAACGGUCCGGAACGACAAGAGAGGACAAUUUUUCCUCGCAACUAACUUACAAAGCAAGAAACUUGAGAUCUUAUUUGCGUGCAAUAUCAAGGAUCCACGUCGUGAGAACCCUAGUAUGCGACAUCCUGAACCCAUUGGAAAGUUUGAGUACACUCAAGAGUACAAAACUCAUAUCCCAUUUAUACACCUCAAAAAUCUAGUCGAAAUUGAUGUCGAUGAGGAUACCUGGGCCCUGAUAAUUCCCCUACCAAGCCCACCACUUUUUUACAUCAAGCACGACAGUACUAAUUCUCAUUCGGAGAACAAAAAUUCCUGGUCUAUGCGAGAUGUUUGGAACCGAACGGUCGAUAUUACUUAUGACACAGCAUGGUUCAAGGACGACCCUGUCUCUUUGCGCGGAGUCAAUCAGUUCAUCGAUAUUGGCAGAUGGACUACAUAUCGACUGACCUUCGCAAAGUCCGCUCUUCCAAAUUGGAAAAUGAUGAGAGAAGCCUUGCAAAGUUUCAACAUUGGUAUCGAUCGAACGACCUCGAAGGAAUUCUCGAUAGUCCCUGCGCGGGCAUUGAAUUUCUGGGAUCAGCUCGAGCCUCGGAGAUCUAAUGAUACCAAGUCCGGAUCGAAUCUAGCCCUGCUAGCUGACACCGAAGAUAUCCGUCUCCCCUAUGAUGUUCGAUAUCAGCUUGAAACCUGCAUUUCUCAGGGUUUCUUCAAUGAAGCUAACAUCACAACUGAAUUUUUGCAAAGACUGGCCGACCUCUCCAAGAGCCAUACUAAGCGUCGUAAUAGGGCUAGGGAUCUCCUAUCAUAUGUUUCGCAACCUCGCAUCGGUAAUCGCCCGGAGGACAGCGCGAGGUUAGACGGAAAGAGAAUUUACGACCCGAUGUCGCUCUUCGAGGAUAAGAAAGCUAUGCGACAUUACCCGGAGAUUUCACUACCUGAGCAUUGUCAAUGGGUGAGGAAAGUCGUGGUCACCCCUACGACUAUGUAUCUUAGUAAUCCGGCACCGGAACCAUCGAACCGUGUCCUUCGCCAUUAUGCCAACCAUGAAGACCACUUUAUACGUGUUCAAUUCACCGACGAAAUUACGAAGGGCCGUAUUUUCCCUGCUCCGGACAAUACGAAGGACAAUGCUCUAUUCAAUAGAGUACAUCGAACAUUACGGAACGGUAUUCGCAUUGGCGGUCGUCAUUUCCAAUAUCUUGCUACUGGAAACUCCCAAUUUCGAGAGAACGGCGCGUACUUCUUCUGCCCUACUGACUUUCUGACUUGCGAUAAUAUUCGGGCUUGGAUGGGUGAUGUCAACCACAUCCGUAACGUAGCCAAGUACGCCGCCAGGCUCGGACAAUGCUUUUCAACGACAAGCAUUCCGAAAACAUCACCAAUCGGUCAAACCAUAGUCCAUAUUCAAGAUAUUGAGCGGAAUGGUCGGUGCUUUACCGAUGGAGUUGGGAAAAUUGCACCUAGCCGUGCUAGGUUCCUCGUACAGAAUCUCUCAGCAAAUAAGAGCAAGGCAAUCCCGUCUGUUUUUCAGUUUAGACUCGGAGGUAGUAAAGGAAUUUUGGUACAGUGGCCAGACGUGCCUUUCAAUGAAGUCCACCUUCGACCUUCACAAAAUAAGUUCAAUUCUACUUCCAAAGGCCUCGAGAUUAUCAAGUCAUCCAGAUUUUCUAUUGCGACGUUGAAUAGGCAGACCAUUAACAUUCUAAGCUGUUUGGGUGUGCCGGAUAAAGUUUUUGAGGACAUGAUGAAGAAACAGGUGGCGGAUUACGAACUUGCGAUGGAAGAUCCCCGAACCGCCAUGCAGUUACUCAGCAAGUACGUUGACCAGAAUGGCAUCACUACCACUAUGGCGCAGAUGAUAGCAGAUGGGUUUAUGUUGACUCAAGAGCCAUUCUUCGUGACUGUUUUACAAGUCUGGCGCGCUUGGUCUAUGAGAUUACUCCGAGAGAAAGCUCGAAUAGUAGUGGACCAAGGUGCGUUCGUCUUCGGCUGCGCGGAUGAGACGCGCACUCUCCGAGGACAUUUCGACAAUGUAAAAUCUAGCGAUAAGCAAGAUCCCAACACCUUACCACAAAUCUUCCUGCAGGUACCCAGGGUAGGUGCCAACCCGGGAGAGCAAGGGGAAUAUACAGUAAUUACUGGCAUAUGCAUGCUAGGCCGAAACCCAUCCCUGCACCCCGGCGAUAUCCGAGUUGUACAAGCAGUAGACGUUCCAGCGUUGAGACAUAUUCGCGACGUCGUUGUGUUUCCCACUACUGGAGACCGUGAUAUCCCCUCUAUGUGCUCGGGAGGGGAUCUCGACGGCGACGAUUACUUUGUUGUAUGGGAUCCUCAGCUUAUACCACAUGAGUGGAAUCAUCCUCCCAUGGAGCAUGACGCUUUGAAGCCAAAGGAGGAACAACUCGACCGGGACGUAAGGGUUUCGGAUCUUAUUUCGUUUUUCGUACGAUAUAUGAAGAACGAUGCACUAAGUACAAUUGCCCAUGCACACGUAGCGAAGUCCGAUAUGCUAGAAGAUGGACCUAAGGAUCCACAGUGCAUUGAGCUGGCACGCCUACAUUCCAACGCCGUCGAUUACCCCAAGACCGGCCGAGAGGCGUUGCUAGACGCAUCACUGCGACCGAGGAGAUUUCCACAUUUUAUGGAAAAGCCAGCACAUAAAACUUAUCGAUCGCAAAGAAUCCUCGGUCGGCUCUAUGAUCAGGUAGCAAAGGUAGACUUCAGACCGAAGUUAGACGGCACCUUUGAUGAGAGGAUUCUUCGUCGGUACGUCAUGAAUGAGGAAAAACUGAAGACGGUUAGGAUGGUCAAGAGACAGCAUGACAAGGCUAUGAAACAGAUCAUGAACCAACACGACGUUAGAACUGAGUUCGAAGUCUGGUCGACCUUCGUACUCUCUAAACCUCUAGUCGGAAGUGACUACAAACGACAGGAAUCAAUGGAACCUGUGAUGGUCAACCACAGAGAGCGGUUCAGAGAAGCAUGUGUUAAGUUGGCGGGGUCCCGAGAGAUGAGCGUUCUAUACCCCAUCAUAGCUGCUACCUAUUUCGUCACAUGGGAAGAGGUUCAAGCGAUACAGAAGAAAACAUCAGGCAGCGAGGCGUUAGCAACCGAUGAGAUGCCGCUGAUCAGUUUUCCGUGGAUUUUCGGGCCGGAGCUCGGGAGAAUCGCCACUUCAAAGGAGGAAUUUGCUCUAGAGAAUGUACCAGAGCCGACAAUGGCAUUGCUAGAUGACGAUAAUAGCAAUGACGAGGAUGAAUUCGAGAGGCUUGUCGGUGCUGGCGUAAUCGAGGAUGAAAACAAGAUGGAUGACAACCCUAUGUUCCUCGUGAACGUCGCAAAUAUGAUCAAGGGUGCCCAACAGCAAACAGCACAGAAAACAUCGGAAACACACGGAGAAGAGCUCGUUGAGCUGAAUGAUGAUGGGGAGACAAGCAUGGAUGAAUUGGCGAAAUUAUUGGUUGAGGCAGACUAGUGAUCAUUUUCCUUGAAAAUGCGUUAGCUAGUUACUGGACGAAGGGGGUUGACACUAUAUCAGGUUUGAGGAUUGCUAUUACGGCAACACUUUGCACAUUUUAAAACUUAAAAAGAAACAGAAAAGGAGAAAGGGAUUGUCAGAUAGGGGAAAGUGAGUAACGAAUGCGAUAUGCUCUUUGCAAAUUUAGCUUAUAGGGAUUUAUCUAAGUGACAUUCGCAUUGGUUUUCAUAAUAGUAGAGCGCUAUG